AUGGCUUCAUCCUUCCACGGUGACCAGGGCUCUUUCCACGAUCGCGGCUUCCUCGUGAGCAGCUUCGAUCGCGAUGCGCAAGGCGCGAAUUCGACCUCUCCGAUAACAAAUGCUCGGGACCUGCCUCCAAGCCACACCUACCACUAUCCCGGUGGCAUUCCAAACGGCUACAAGAUGGUUCCUGCCAAGGAGGGAGAGAUGUCCAGGCGCUAUGUAGAGGAUAAUCUCCCCAUCUCCUUCUACAGCCGCAAAGAAACCAAGGCGAUUUUCAGCACCAACAACGGCGAGGUCCCCACCCGCGGCCUUAGCAUGAACCACGUCCUUGUUUUCCGCGAACUUGAUCUGUGGAGCGCCGAAGAGCUCCAGGAGAGAGCCAACGCCAUCCGCAAGAAGCACUGGAGAUCCCUGAAGUCCAUGCCCCAGCCCGAAUGCUGGGAGGACCUGUACGAUUACUUCGACUGUUUCGACAUCUAUUUCCACGGUGCGCAAAACCUGUGGAACCUCAUUCUUCUACUCUUCAACGAGAACGAGAACCUUUCUCGCGACAAAAUCAGAGCUACUGCAGUCUACGUCGGCAUUCUGUGCGACGAGUGGGUCCAAAAUACUGAGAACAAGACGAAGCUCAUGGCGUUCAACUGUUGGGAAGGUGAUGUUGUCAGUCUCAUCACUUCAGGCCCCUGGCUCGAAUUCCAAAAGCUGCCAUUCAUUGACGUUAUGCUUGUUCGGUAUACUCUGUGUUAUCGACAAGACCAGCUGUUGGGCAAGCCAUGGGCUCGGCCAAACGCCUACCCGGCUAACACGGGUCAACUUGUGCACGACACGCCGAGUGGCAUCCCCCCUGCGGUGUCCCCGUCAACCAUAAUCGUUGGCGGCGCUGGUUUUUCAUCGUCUCAGCUGGGCUUUGCUGAAGUUGACGAAGCGACCGCUGCCACUCAUGUUCCGGCCAGAAACAUCACCACUACAAAAAAGCCCAUCGUGGUCAGCGGCACGAACAGCAAGCACAAAGCAAGACCUUGGAACCUUGGCCUUGCUGCAGACCCAGACUCCAACAAUCGGUCCGAAGAUUCCUUUCCAGACAACCGGCCGAUGUCCUUAACUUCUGUCCCGAGCAACAGAAACAAGGCUACCGAAGCCCCUGCGCCUCAUAUCACCAACUUGGGUACUAUCAGACCAGGGUUCUACCAUUAUCCCAUGAGACCUUACGGCUAUGCCUUCAAUACACCAUUCAUGACAGGUUCCAACGGUGAGCCGCAACCUUACCAUGGUCCUCUUGGUCCAUCCGCGCCUCCUGCACAGGCUGUGCCCGAACAACAGCGUUAUGGCACUCGCCAUCCAGUCAACAUGACUCCACAAAAGCCUGCAGAUAACAGAUUCCAUAAUAAAGGGUAUACCUCGCCAGUUCAGAGCUCCACGGCAUCGAGAGAUGGGAAACGCAUACAGCCUCCUGUUUACCAGAGAACAACUUUUGACGACAAUCCUUCUCACAAGUAUACAGAGAAGCGAAAUGUAGUAGUUCACUCUGCCUUUGAACAAGGGUCCGGGCAAGGGUCGUCAACGGGUCCUUCACGCUUCGAUACGGGUCAAGAUGCACGACAGGAGCAUUCGAAGACAUCAAGUGCCCCUGGUGACGCAAGUCACGGUCAGCCGCGGCCUCGCGGUGAGUCCAGGGGCUGGGAGAAAGUUCCGCAUGCAGAUGAGUCAAUCCACGGCCCUGUCUUCCGUCGAUCUCCAACCAAAGAGAACCGCCCUCGCUCAUACUCCCGGGCCUCGAGCAAAGGAGACUCAUACUGCUCAAACCAGCAUCCCAAGAAUGGCAGCAAGUAUGCUUACACGCCCUGCACGUGUGCGAGGUGUGAGGAGCGCGAACGCUCUGUGUACAUCCAACUGAACCCGGCCCCACGGAUCGCUCAAGAUGUCCUUGAUGCCAAGAUUCAUGGUAUAAUGUCUCGGUGGGGAAAGGUUGAGAACGUAAAGCGGCUGCAGGCAAACGAGCACCAGGGAGGUUUUGUUUGCUUCUUUGUCAGAUUUAGCGAUGGCUCGCGCGUAAGAGAGGCUUCGGCCACGAAUCACUUCAGCAGUGACGAGCUGGACUGCAUAAUAAGGAUUGGCGCGAUGCAUCAUUCGGACUAUGGUAACGCUAUGCAUGGCAUCUACGGGCAUGAAAACGAUCAGCACGGCUCGGUAAAGUCAUACAACGGCUCACAACAAUCAGCGUGGAAGGGCCAUUCGAGUGGAUCUAGUCAUACCCAGCCUUCGUCUGUCCGUCGUGAUUCGAGAGCGCAGGUUUCCUUGGAGCAGUACAUGGUGCCUCGACCCCAGCUACCACAAGUCCUUCUUGCAAAGCCUCUUCAGCCUCCUGGGGUACAUGGUUCAGCAGCUCCGCCGCCCUUGAACAUCCAGCAGGGAGUUCCGCAAGAGAUACUUGGGCUGGUCGGGAACAUCACGUCGACUUGCAACAUCCCCAAGGCGAAGACGAAGCCCACUGAUACCGAGGUGCUUCAAACUUCUGCUGAAGCCGAGUCUCAGUCAAAACCGCCUUCCGAGGAGGUAAUCCCGGACGAAGAGCAGGCAACCAGGACCUCUAGUCCUCAUAUUUCCGACGGCAGCCCUGGCAAAGGGGGCAACAAAGCCAUUGUGGUCAACCUGCCGGCCACACCGCAGAAGCCAAGGAAAGCUGAUGAGAACACUCACGCGUCUGAUGAAACCACCGCACCUCAGGACAAUGACCAAUUGACGACACCAACCAAAAAGAAUCCUUGUGCACCUAAUGCCACCACUACUCCCAAAAAUUCAUCUUCAGAUAGACAGAAGGAGUCCCAAACAACUACCGAGAUUGCUCCUAGAGGCACAACAACCACUGAGAACAGCAAGGCUGUUCCUGCACAAUCCCAAUCGGAGAGCUCCUACGCCAAGGGCAAGUACAGGAAGAUAUUUUCGCAGAAUGAUGACCUCAGCAUCGAGCAUUUCGAUGCGCCAGUGAUAAGAAUGGGUGCAAGGCACGACUCAUCGGCUAUGAGUAGCUCCAGCGUGGAAGAGCGCUUCGGCGAACAAAUUGACGAGCCCCGCACCCGAGCUGGUCAUGAGUUUGACAAUCUGAUUGAUUCGAACCAGAACCAAGAUGCUGUCCACAUGAUGAUUCUUGUCGAGAAUUCCACGAAGAAGAAGAGCAACAAGAAGCCCAAGAAGAAGAAGAAGGCACCCGCUUGUGCGAACCAGGGCGAACCAAGCAGUACUCAACAACCUGCGAGAGACACCCCUAUCAACGCUACAGAGAAGCAAGCCCCUGACGUCCCUAUGCCACUUGACAUUGAAGCGGCAGAGGAUAUUGACCCUGCAACCCUCAUGGAAGUCAUCGCCAAGGCAAAGCGGAUUGUGGCAGUGAAGGAAGCUGGGUCCACCAGCACAAAGCAAAUUGCCAUCGAUAGUCCUGCAAAUGCUGUCCCACAAGCCUUAGUGCCACCUGUUGCUGAAACAGCAGAGAGCAACACCCUGGAGGCUACCAAGGACAAGGAGAUCUUUCGCUCAGAGGACAAUGAUCCAAAGAACAAGCCUGAGAAAUCGGACGUUCAAGAGUCUAUCAACAAGAGUUUCCGCGCAAAUGGUGGCGGCUCGUUACGGCUGCCCAAGAAUAGGAAGAAGCAGCCCGCUCAGUUGCACUUUGCUGACCGGGAGCCCUCCGCUUCUGGAGGCACAGCAGGUAACAGCAGCUUCGAAGCGCUACAAUUCACCGAUACUGAACUUCCUUCUGCUGCAAGCACCGCACAUUUCAGCUCCACCACCGACCAGGAGGGCCGCUCUACCGACGGGUCGCCUGGGAUGCUGUCAACUCCUGCAACUCCUCCGUCUGCCAGAGCAGUCCUAGCUACACCAAGCUCUUCGCUGAAGGAACCUGCAGCAGGUGCAGAGGCGACUCCAAAGUCGAAAAUUUUGCUUAACCCGAAGGCCAAGGAAUUUGUUUCGCCAACUGCCCUCUCGACUGCGGCUGCUCCCAAGAAGAUUGAGCUUGCGCCGGUUCCGUUGAAGCCCACCAUUCACCAUCGCAACGUGUCCCAAACUUCGUCAAAGACAUCGCGCACUCUCACCCCCGGCAACUCGCCUGCCAAGGAAGAGGACAACCAGUCCGAUGGGAACGCUGUCGAGAGUUCCAAAGGCAAGGAGAAGAGCUUGGUAUCUCAGCAGGGCUUUGCCAUGGAUAGAGAUGCGAAGAGUCCUGCGGUAACUGACGGGGCUCAAGUUGCCGAUCAGCAGACUUCAGGCAAGGACGCCGUGGAGAUGGACAAGAACCAUUCUUGCACUGGUGAAGACCUGCCUGUCUCGCAAAGCACGCCGGAUGACGAUGGCGACUGGCAAGUACAGCGCCCCAAGAGGGACUUCAGCACCAAGCAGCCCAAGGGCAACAGCCAGCAGACAAACCAUAAGCAACAACAGAGCAAGCAGGGCCAGCAGGGCCCCAAGAAGAACCGCCCCUCGCCUAAGAAGCAGGAAAAACAGGGACAGAGUCACCUUCAACAGCAACGCUACGCUUCCAGCCCCAACACCAAUCCGGUUUCUGUUGGCAGCAAAGCCGAGUUUCCCUCACUGCCCCCGGCUCCCAAGCCUGUGACGGGUCUCCCAGCUAGCAGCGUCUGGGGAAAGGCACGUUCAGUGUCGACUGCCGCCACCGCCUCCACUCCGAAUGACAGCAUCACUGCCCACAAGGGCGAGACCGCAAGCCCGGAUUGCAAAAAGGACAGCGGUAAGCAGUAG